AUGUCGACCAAACCUGAGACAUCACGCCCACGGGCGCCAGACACCAAGAAGGUGCACAUUGCCGAUACGGCAAUCACCUCGAAGAACUGGCACAAGCAUGUCAACUGGCUGAACGUCGCCUUCAUCAUCGGCAUCCCGGUGUAUGGCUGCAUCCAGGCCCUCUGGGUGCCACUGCAGUUCAAGACCGCCAUCUGGGCCGUCACCUAUUACUUCUUCACUGGAAUGGGCAUCACUGCGGGAUACCACCGUCUGUGGGCUCACUGCUCCUACUCGGCCACUCUGCCCCUUCGCAUCUGGCUGGCUCUCGUCGGCGGUGGUGCCGUGGAGGGCUCCAUUCGCUGGUGGGCUCGCGACCAUCGCGCCCACCACCGGUACACCGACACCGAUAAGGACCCGUACUCUGUUCGCAAGGGUCUCUUGUACUCGCACCUGGGCUGGAUGGUUAUGAAGCAGAACCCCAAGCGCAUUGGCCGCACCGACAUCUCCGACCUGAACGAGGACCCCGUCGUGGUCUGGCAGCACCGCAACUACAUCAAGGUCGUGCUCACCAUGGGUCUCGUCGUUCCCAUGCUGGUGGCUGGCCUUGGCUGGGGUGACUGGCUGGGCGGCUUUGUCUACGCCGGUAUCCUGCGUAUCUUCUUCGUGCAACAGGCCACCUUCUGCGUCAACUCGCUGGCCCACUGGCUCGGUGACCAGCCCUUCGACGACCGCAACUCGCCCCGUGACCACGUCAUCACCGCUCUGGUCACUCUGGGUGAGGGCUACCACAACUUCCACCACGAGUUCCCUUCGGACUACCGCAACGCGAUCGAGUGGCACCAGUACGACCCCACCAAGUGGUCCAUCUGGACUUGGAAGCAGCUGGGUCUGGCCUUUGACCUCAAGCAGUUCCGCGCCAACGAGAUCGAGAAGGGCCGCGUGCAGCAGCAGCAGAAGAAGAUUGACCAGAAGCGCGCCAAGCUGGACUGGGGUGUGCCCCUGGACCAGCUGCCCGUCUUGGAGUGGGACGACUAUGUGGAGCAGGCCAAGAACGGCCGGGGGCUGAUUGCCGUCGCCGGUGUGGUGCACGACGUGACCGACUUCAUCAAGGAUCACCCCGGCGGCAAGGCCAUGAUCGGCUCCGGCAUUGGCAAGGACGCCACGGCCAUGUUCAACGGCGGUGUGUACUAUCACUCCAACGCUGCCCACAACCUUCUCUCGACCAUGCGCGUGGGUGUCAUCCGCGGCGGUAGCGAGGUGGAGAUCUGGAAGCGGGCCCAGAAGGAGAACUCGGAGUAUGUGCGCGACGAGGCCGGUCAGCGGGUGAUCCGCGCCGGGAUGCAACCGACCAAGAUCCCUGAGCCGAUCCCGACGGCGGACGCGGCUUAA